GAAAGCGUGUGUUAUUGUUGUGCUUCAGUCCUUGUCGAACUCAAAUUUCGACCCAUUUGAUGUUCUACGCGAGUGAAGAGAGUGAAAAAGUAAAUAUAGAAAACAAGAAACAUUUUCCCAAGAAUGUAAGAGAUCGAGAUCGCUUGUAGGAGAAGCAGGAGAAAGUAUUGGAAGAGCGGUAACUCUGGAAUAUCAGUACAUUUGGAGGUUCGAUGAGUUUCCACCGGAUACAAUUCUAAGAUCGCCGAUUGCAGUGGCAUUAUGUACUUGAUGUAUCGCUUUAAUAAAGUCACUGCAUAUCGCUCUCAUGCUUCGACAAGAGGAAUCUACAACGCUGCCCAAUAGUGCAGGCCUACAUGAAGUCGACGUAAGAGCCACUCCAGCUGGUAAAUCAAAAUCGUCGAGCAGUGGACAUGAAAGUGGGGAAGGAGAUAACAUCCGAGUGUAUGUACGUGUCAGACCUCCAGCUAAAAACCUUGAAACAGACGUUGAUCGCACAGCAUGUCUAGAUGUAACAUCUGCAAAUACAGUUGUACUCCAGAGCAAGCCUGAUCCAAAAACAUUUUCCUUUGAUCAUGUGGCUGAUGUUAACACAACUCAGGAAGAGGUGUUUGGAGCAGUUGGGAAGAAGAUUGUAGAGGGUUGUGUUGCAGGUUACAAUGGAACAAUUUUUGCAUACGGCCAGACUGGCUCAGGGAAGACGUUCACCAUGCUGGGACCUGCCGAGGGUGAAGAAGAGAGCUUUACUCAUCAGCUCCGUGGGGUCAUACCACGUGCAUUUGAAUACCUAUUCAGUUUGAUAAACAGGGAACAGGAAAAGCAUGGUGAACGAGUAGAAUUCUUGUGUCGCUGUUCUUUCUUGGAGAUCUACAAUGAACAGAUAUUUGACUUGUUAGAUCCUGCAUCAAUGGGCCUGUCUCUUAGAGAGGACAUCAAGAAAGGUGUAUUUGUAGAUGGACUUCUUGAACGGGAUGUGGCCAGUGCCAGGGAUGCUUACAGGGUGUUGAAUUCUGGUUGGCUAAACAGAAGAGUAGCUUCUACGUCCAUGAACAGAGAAAGUAGCCGCAGUCAUGCAGUUUUUACUGUGACUUUAGAAUCCAAGGAACGCAAGGCAGGUAUGGCAAGUAUCAAGGUGUCCCGUCUUCAUCUUGUGGACUUGGCAGGUUCUGAAAGACAAAAAGAUACUCAUGCUGAGGGACUCAGACUAAAGGAAGCAAGUAGUAUAAACAAAUCAUUGUCAGCGCUUGGUAAUGUGAUCAUGGCUUUAGUUGACAUCACCCAUGGGAAGACCAGACAUGUUCACUACAGAGACUCUAAACUGACAUUCCUUCUCAGAGACUCGCUAGGUGGUAAUGCAAAGACUUAUCUUAUUGCAAAUGUGCAUCCAUCAGCUAAGUGUUUUGGGGAAACAUUGUCCACUCUUAACUUUGCUAAAAGAGCGAAGAUGAUUAAAAACAAGGCUGUGGUGAAUGAAGAUGCUACAGGAAGUGUUACUGCUCUCCAAGCUGAAAUAAGACGACUUAGAGAGGAGUUGGAGAAAGCUCGAGCUGGAAUUCCAAAGCAAAUCACCAGACAAGAAUCAACUGAAGCAGAUCAGAACAGUUCUCGAGGUGAAGCUUGUGUCGCUGCUGAUACUAACAACAAUAACAAUAAUAAUAACAAUAAUAAUAAUAACAAUAAUAAUAACAAUAACUCAGGAGUUGAUGUGAAUCAGCAGUACCGGGAGUGGAGAGAGAUGAUGGUAGCAGCCACGGCGGCUAGGGAUCGAGCUGAACAGGAAAAACAGUGCUUAGUUGACAAGGUGCAAAAGCUCGAGGAAUUGUGCAGUAAAAAGGAAAAAUUCCUUCAGUCGACAAAGAUGAUCCUUAAGUUUCGAGAAAGCACAAUUUCCAGACUAGAGAGACUGAGAAAACGAGAUAAGGAAGGGUCUGAUGGCCAAGAGGAUGAUAAAGAGAGAGAAAUUCAACUUCUCAAAGACGAAAUCGCCGUAAUGAAAGAUAAACUUGAACACCACCCAGAUGUCACUAGGUUUGCUAUGGAAAAUCUGGAGCUGAGAGCGGAACUUAAGUGCAUACGCACCCGGGAUGAAGAUGGGACUGAUUUCGCUCAAGAUCUUGCUAAAAGCCAUAGAUACACAUUACAGUUGGAGAGACAAUUGAGGGAAUUGCUUCAGUCACCUCAAGGAAGUGAACUUGAGAGAAGUUUAUCCAACUCUUUACUUAACCUGGAAGCAUCGAAUGCUGAACUCGAAAAGUUCAAGCUCGAGCGAGCGCAAUUACACGCUCAAAUGGAAUCGACUCGAGAGGAACUGACAGAAACCCGUGAGAGUUUACAACAGACGAAGGAAAAACUCGUAGGACAAGAGGAGAGCUUUAGAAAGAAAUGCAUUGACUUAGAAGCUGAUGUUUUGUCGCUCAGAAAAGCCAACUCUGAACUAGAGAGAGCACUGGAAGCUCAUCAACUUAAAACAGCAGUGGAGCGUACGACAUUAAAUGACAUCCACAUGCAAACAAUCAAGAGUAUUACCUCCCCUCGUAAAAUUCUGAACACGCCCAACCGACUGAGUCCUCGCAGCGCAGCAAGCACUCCUAAACGGUCACCAGCCGUCACCCGAAAGUCCAAACUGUCCACUCCUGUGAUAACAACACCUGAUGAGAAACCCAAAGCACAGAAUGGAUUGAUAAGAAGAGACAGCUUCCACGAUAUUGGAUCAGACAGUGAAAUGGACGAUCCCUUCUUCAAUUUUGACUCCGAAGAGAUGGAUGACGAGGAACUUUAUACUGAGUCACUUUUGGAGGAGCUCAAAAAGCAGCAGGAAAUGAAUAAUGUCCAGUUACAACAGCUUCAAACAGAAGAGGCGACAAGAAUUCGACUGAAUCAGACCGUCACCAAGCUUGAACACCAAGUGCAGAAUCUCACAACGGUUCUAAGCAGUGAGCGGGAAAAGCAUGCUGCAACUGAGACCGAGCUGAACAUGAAGAGCUUGGGUCUAGCUGACAAGCUGAAGGAGGCCCGGGGAGAGCUAACUGUCCUUCGAAGUGAAAUAGAGGAUGUGAAGUGCUCAUUGCAAGCUUCUCAAAGACAAGUUGAUUCGCUGAAGAAGGAGCGAGACAUGGAAAGUAUUGAGUCUGGUAGAAGACUUGCCACAUUAGAGAGUAAGUUAACAAGGCUUGAAAUAGAGAACUAUAAUCAACAGACAGAAAUGGAAAGCUCAAUAGAGAUGAACCAACACCUACAGGCUGAUGUAGAGACACUUCGCGAUGAACUGGAAUUCAAGAAUCACAAAAUUGAAGAGUUCGAGAGCAUGUUACAAGCAGAAAGACAGAGACUCAAGGAAAUGGGACAAGAAUUGCAGGGAACUAUGGAUAAAUUGGACAUUCAAACCGAGACAAAUAACAAGUUGCUGGCUCAACAAGAUAAACAACAGGAUAUGGUGAGGGCUCUGGAACAGCUUGUGGCCUUGAGGACAGAGCUGCAAGAAAGCAACUUGACAUGCGAACAACAGGCUCAGAAAAUACAUUCCUUAUCAGAAGAACUUGAUGAAGCAAAGACCAGCAUUAGAACGUUAAACAAACGAAACGAAUCCGACAUCGAUUGUGUGAACAAUUUAAUGGAGUCUGUCAAGGGUCUGAAGAAAAACCUUGGCGAGAAAGAGAGCGAACUCUCGUUUGUUCGAAAUCAAUUGGAGGAGAGUAAACUUCAGCAACAGGAGUUGACAGAUAGUAUAGAAGAAAAGAAACGAACCAUCGAGAAAUUGAAGGACAAACUUGACCGAGAAACGGAGAAGUUUAACAAGGAAAGAUUGGAUCGCGAAACUGAGAUGAGUCAAUUGAGAGACGAUCUUCGUCGUACCACCGAGCAGUACAGAGAACUUACCCAGGCUCUGGCUCAACAACAGCAACAGAUAACAUCUUUGCAAUCUGAUUUGAAAGAAAAGACGACUACAGUAGUGACCUCAGAAAACAAGCUUCGUGAAAUGGAACAAUCUAUGGUCGACUUGGAGUCUCGGUACGAGAGUCGGCUGAAUCAGUUUCAACAUUUGAACGAGUCACUUGACGCAUCUGGUAUGAUUGAGUCACAUGAAGCUGAGCUGGACAAACUACGAACCAAACAGUUCAGUAUGUCAAAAGUGAUCGAUAACUUGGAGGCUCAUCGUCAAGAAAGAAUUGAAGAGAUGGAAUUACUACGAGGUCAGGUGGAGGAGAUGGUUGAACUUAGAAGAAAUAACGACCUACUGGAAACACACUGUAAAACACUCACCUAUCAAUUGGAGGCUGAGAGGAACGAAGCUAGAGAAAAAGAGGAAAAUUUCAAAACUGAAGCCGAUGAGAAGCAGAAGCAAUUAGAAACAGCCAACGAGAAAGAGAGAAGUGCCAUGGCGCUGAAGGACCAGAUUUUAUCGGAGAAAGCAGCCAUUGAAUCAGUGUUGGCUGCAGCAAAGUUGAACAUGGAGACGGCACUUGAGGAUGCUGAAUACAUGGCCGAAGAACUUGAGAGAACUCGACAGCUGGAGAAGCAAGGAUUUGAAGAAAAAGAAGAAUUGAAAUCUAGACUGGAAUCCACCAUGGAAGAGAAGUUCAAACUGGAAAAGGUACUGAAGAAAAUUGAAGAAGAGAAUGCUCGAUUGAAAGGCCACCAAAACCCACAACAGAAAGUGCAGCACUUGUUGGCCAUCAAAAAAGAAAACCAUGCUCUUAAAGAACAAGUGAACAAACUGAUAAAGGAAAGCCAGAAAUGCAGUUGUAAGGGGAAGAAACCGCCACUGGCAAGCAAAAAUGGAGGAGCUGAGGGCAAGAAAGAAGGAAAAUCUAAGACAAGUUCAUCAAGCGAGGAAGAAGGGACACCGGACAUAAAAGAUGCAGUGGACAAGGAAAAUGUGUUUUCUGCUGCCACUUGAAAACUUUUUUGUUACUUGCUUUCCAGAGGGCUAAAUUUAUAACGUUCAGGGUAUGAUUACUGAGAAAGAAAGUGCUGAGCAGUUCUACCAGUCUGACACAAGAUUCUACCAAGAACACUGAUUAUCGAGUGUGUUAUUUUAAUUUAGAACUGAAUUUCUUUUCGUUUCUUGGAGUUAGGUGAGAAAAUAUCCUUGCAGCCGCAAAAUGGCUUCUAUUGACGAAAAAAGCAGGUUACUUCCCAGGCCUGCUGAGGAAUAUACUAAGCAUUUCAAGUAAUCACUUAUAUUUUAGGGUUUUAAUCCGGACGCGACAGGGGACUGCGCAUGAGGUUUCCAUACUUUAGUAUAACUACAGCAGUGAUCUGUAAGUAUAUGACUUUCAUUACAGUCUGUUUUAUAGGUUCAAAACAGAUAAUUAACUGUCGACGUCGUCAGGUCUGUUAAAUUCACUUAUUUCAUGAACCGGUCAACGGGCUCUUGCUAUGAGCAAGCAUAUCUUAACAUAUAGUACAUGUGACCCAGAAUGUCAGAUACCUUUACCAUGAUGUUUUGUUUGUAAAGCAUACUGUAUAUGCGACAUCAGCAGAGUCACUCUGCUACUAUUUAGAACUAAAUAACCAAAUGUUAUCCUU